CCUGCCCCCCUCCAGCAACCCGCGCCACCUCACGCGGGGGCACCCACGUAAUUUCCCCCAGGGCCAGGGCGGCCUAUCUGGCCAGCCCAUUAUAUAUCGCUCUCAUGGCACCGUGGCUCAUGUACUGCUGCCCAUUGAUAGGCUGGUGAUCACUGCUGUCGAGAGGAACUACGCAUCCAUCCCUUCCGCCCCCAGCUACCUCGCUUGCUCCACGCGUCGUCUUUGAAGGAGAGGAAGAUGACGAGCGUAUGGAAGACCAAGGUUCUUCCCGGGCUCAACAAGAUCUUCGACAAGGAUGGCAAGAAGGCCGCCGCCGCCGAGUUCUUGAAAUCCUUCAACAAGGAGGAGAUUGACAAGGAGAUUGAGGACAAGAAGACAGAACUAGAGCCCAAGCUUGUAGAGACUAUUGAAGCAUCUCCUCCAGAAAUUAAGGGAUUGAUAAAGGAUAAGAAAACAUCCAAGAUCAAGAAGAACUCGGUUGCCGUCACCAAGUUCCUUGACGAUUUGGCCAAGAUUGAUUUCCCCGGUGCCAAGCUGGUGAGCGACGCGGUGGCCAAGUCCGGCACCACGCCCCUCUCCCCGGCCAUCGUCUUCAUCUUGGACAAGGUUGCGCCUUUCGUCCCCGCGCCCAAGGAGGAGCCCAAGGCCGAGCCCGAGGCCGCCGCCCCGGCAGAGGAGACCACCACCCGCGAGGUCGCCGUGGAGGAGAAGGAGGAGGAGGCCGAGCCCUCCGCCGCACCGGCAGAAGCCGCGCCGGUGGAGGCAGCCGCGCCUGCUGCUGAGGUAGUGGAGGAGAAGAAAGAGGAGGAGAAACCCGCCGAAGCCGCCGCACCUGCCGCCGAGGAGCCAGAGAAGAAGUGAUCGGUCGCCGCCGGCCGGAGUCCAAGAGCAACCCAAACCACCACCUGGCUUGCUAGCUGCUGGUAAUGGAAGAAAUCAUUUUAAGUUAUUGUGAAUUUGUAGUCGCUCUCCGUGUCAAGGUAGCUGCACAAAAGUAAGCACGUACGUACGACACACUGCACUUGCCAUGCAUACCACGCAUGCAAACGUACACGCAUGGAACAUUUGUUAUUCUUUCGAUGGACCGGUCUCCUCACCGUAUGUGUACAUUUUACGUGGGGCUUUCUUGCUUUUUUGUGGUGAUUAAAACCUGUGUAAUUAUGAUUAUGUUGGUGUGUUAAUUUGUUGGUCAUGGUAUAAGCAUGAACUUGUGCA